AUGAUUUGUUCUCAAAUAAUAAAAAGAGCGCUCUUUGGCAGCUCACUUGUUUUCAUAACGAUAGGAUCUGGAGGUAUAAAAUCUAACAUUGGACCAUUAGGCGCUGAACAAGUGGAAUGUUUAGGUACACCUGCUGUACAAUCAUUCUUUAACUGGUUCUUUUGGUCAAUUAACUUUGGCGCAGUAAUAGCUCAUACAGCAGUGGCAUAUGUUCAGCAGAACUUAAGACAUUUUGAUUACGGUUACCUCAUACCAUUGGUUGUGAUGAUUAAUGGGCAGUUAAUAUUUUGGAUGAGUAGGAAUAGAUACACAACGGCUUCGGAAGAAGGAAGUCCUUUCAAAGAAAUAGUUGGUAUUUGUUGGGCAAGUGGAUGCAAAGGCUUUGAUCGAGCUGAGAGACGGGAUCAUGGAAGAAUUUAUACCAAAGAGUCUGUGAAUCGUGUUCGGGCUUUUUGUAAAAUUUUACCAGUGUUUGGACUCGUCAUCGUAUACUUUGGAACCUAUGCACAGACAAAUUCAACUUUUUUUCUACAAAGUGAGAGACUGGAUAUCAGUGUAUUGUCGAAAAAUUUUCCUGUUGCAGCGCUUGGAAGUUUUGACAACGUUUCCAUUUUAAUAUUGAUACCUUUAAUGGAAAUAUUUAUAUAUCCUCUACUGGAAAAGAUAAACCGACCACCAUCAUUUCUACAGAGAAUAGGUCUAGGAAUGAUAUUUGCAGUUUUGUCGGUAGUUGCAGCAGGUGUUCUAGAAAUAUAUAGGAAAAAAGAGCAUUGGGUCAUUCAAAAAAUAGUUGACACCAAAUACAAUGCUUCGUCAGUAUCUAUAGUUGCUCAAAUACCACAGUUCAUGUUGAUGGGAACAAGUGAGGUAUUCACAAGUGUAUCAGGUAUGGAAUUUACAUAUUCAGAGGCACCAGACAUGAUGAAAGGAGUUUGCAUGGGCUUAUAUUUAGAUACAAUAGGGAUAGGCGCUUUUUUUGCAUUAAUGAUUAUUGCAAUAGUGAACAGAAUAUUUAGAGGAACAGGUUCUGUAUUUCUUGUCCCUACAUUUGGAGGAUAUAAUGUAGAUGUCCAUACAGGGAAGUAUAAAACAAUUCUAGGAUCUGGAUUUAUUUAUAUUUUAGGUCUCAUUUUGCUGUUUGCCUCAUCUAUAAACUUUAAAUCUUUGUAUGGCGAUCAACAUCACUAUAAGGAUUCCAAGCGAGCGUUUUUUUACAGCUCACUUGUUCUCAUAACGAUAGGAUCCGGAGGUAUUAAAUCUAACAUCGGGCCAUUAGGCGCUCAGCAGGUAGAAUGUUUGGGGACACUAGCAGUGCAGUCUUUUUUUAGCUGGUUUUAUUGGUUUAUUAACUUUGGUGCAGUUAUAGCAAAUACAGAAGUAGCAUAUGUUCAACAGAACGUAGGACAUUUUGAUUAUGGUUACCUUUUAGCAGUGGUAGUAAUGAUAGUGGGACAGAUAAUAUUUCGAAUUGGUAAAAAUAGAUAUACAACGUCUCAAGAAGAAGGAAGUCCGCUUAAAGAAAUUUUUGGAAUUUGUUGGGCUAGCAAAUGUAGAGGCUUUGGUCAAGUUUCGAAUGAAAAUCAAGGAAGACACAAUGGUGACGUUUCUGUUAACCGUGUUCGCACAUUUUGUAAACUCUUACCAAUAUUUGGAUUCGUAGUUGUAUAUUUUGGAAUAUAUGCUCAGAUAGAUUCAACUUUUUUUCUACAAAGUGAAAGACUGGAUAUCAGUGUAUUGUCGAAAAAAGUUCCUGUUGCAGCUCUUAGAAGUUUUGACAACAUCGCCAUUUUGAUAUUGAUACCUUUAAUGGAAAUCUUCAUAUAUCCUCAUCUGAAAAGGAUAAAUCGACCACCAUCACUUUUACAGAGAAUGGGUUUAGGAAUGACAUUUGCAGUUGUAUCGAUAGUAGCAGCAGGUAUUCUUGAAAAAUAUCGCAAAGAAGAUCUUUCUGUUCACCAAACAAUUUUGAACCAUACCUACACUGCGUCGUCAGUUUCUGUAUUUGCUCAGGUCCCCCAGUUUACAUUGAUAGGUGCUAGUGAAGUAUUCACAAUUGUUUCAGGUAUGGAAUUUACUUAUUCGGAAGCGCCCGAUCUUAUGAAAGGGCUUUGCAUGGGUUUGUAUAUGGAAACUGCAGGAUUAGGGACUUAUUUUGCUGUAAUGAUUAUUUCCAUCGUGAAAAAAGUAACAAAAGGUGUGUGGUUUUCUGAUGAAAUCAACGACGGAAAGACAGAAUAUUUAUUCUUUUUAUUUGCAGGGAUUAUGUUUGUUAAUUUUAUACUGUUUAUUUGUGUCGCGAAAAGAUACGCGUACUCACUUGGACAAAAGCGUUGAACACUCUCGUGAUGAGAGUACCGAUCCGACUGAAUGAUUAAAGCAGACGACCCAAGGUUUUAAAACCUAGCAAACAUAUCAUCCAAAUGUUUUAUUUAGACGAUUGAUAUAUUAAAAACUUGGAAAUGAAAAUA